AUGGACUAUGCCUCCGUGCCACCAGAGAUACCCCAGAUAACUGUUCUUCUCCUAGGCGAUGCCGAUGUUGGAAAGUCCAUGUUCUUAUCCCGCCUAUCCCUAGGCAUUUCCCCACGCCAGCCUCCAUCCCCCAACACACCCCUCACAUCCGAGGCCCCACCCCCCUACACCCUCCCCACCCUCCACGACUCCUCCCAACCCUUCGCCUUCGACAUCACCCUCUACGGCCGCCCCUACCGCCUCCACUUCUACGACACCGCCUCCCCAACCUCAUACAUCCUCUUGCGCCCCGACUUCGUCAUCCUCUGCUACUCCAUCGCCUCGCGCCCCUCGCUCCACAGCCUGAGCACCCGCUGGCUCCCCGUCGUAAACGAGCACUUCAACUACGAUGAGAACCUGCCGGUCAUGGUGUUGGGCCUGAAGCGGGAUUUGCGCCGUCAGUGGACCGCGGAUGAGGUUUGCGCUGGGGAGGAGGAUCGGCGCGCGGAUCUGGGGCAGGGUGUGGGUAGGGGUGUGGGUAGGAAAGAAGGGAGGGGGAUGGGUAAGGGCCCGAGUGUGAUGCCGCAUGAGGGAUUGCAGGCUGCGCAGCAGAUGCUGUGUGAUCAUUAUGCAGAGUGUAGUGCGCUUACAGGGGAGUUGUGUAGAGAGGUUUUGGAGGAUGUGGCGAGGACGUGUGCGAAGACUACGACGGAGAAGGGGGCGAAGAGUGCGGGGAUGGAGUGUCUUGUCAUGUAG